UACGUCCUCCUCGGUCUGGCUGGUAGCCAGGAGGCGAACGCGGUGGCCAACAUCAUCACCAACAACGUCAUCAACAGUGGCAUCAAGCUGGGUUCUGCAGACCUCAUAACACGUGCAGAGGCCAUGGGGAAGCUGCAGGAAAUCAAGAAAUUAGCAUCUCAGGUCUCCGAGGACCAGUCCUCAAGCCCACCAUGGAUGCUGUCUAGCGCUGCCGGCGUUGCUGAUACUAAUAGUCGGUUUCUACCACCGGGAAACCGAACCAAACAGGUUGCCGACUGA